GGGUCGGCGCGUGUUGCCUGAUCGUCUUGCUCGCUACUGGGCUAAAGAGUUUUUUUUCGGAUGUGUUGCUGAACGCUGCCGUAGUAGGGAUGAUGAUGAUGGCGGAGCUGGUGCAGGGACAGGCCUCGGUGGCUCAGCCUGGAAUGAAAGCAGACGGCUUCGCCGACGCUUUACACCGGGCCCGACAGAUUGCGGCUAAGAUGGGUGGAGACCAGAUGCCCCAUAUGAACAAUUCCUCUCCGGUUGUGGACCCCUCACUCUAUGGCUACGGAGGCCAGAAGCGCACACUGGAUGAUGGAGUUGGCAGCCAGCUGGGUGGAAUGGUACAUCAAAGGGCUAUUAUCACAGAAGACUACAAAGUGCCUGAUAAAAUGGUUGGAUUCAUUAUAGGCAGAGGAGGCGAACAGAUCACAAGGAUUCAGUUGGAAUCUGGUUGCAAGAUACAGAUUGCUGCUGAUAGUGGGGGUAUGAUGGACAGACCCUGCACUCUCACUGGAAGCCCUGAAAGCAUUGAGCAGGCGAAGAGGCUGUUGGGGCAGAUCGUGGAGCGGUGUCGGAACGGUCCGGGCUUCCACAACGACAUGGAUGGCAACAACACCAUCCAGGAGAUCCUCAUCCCCGCCAGCAAAGUGGGCCUGGUCAUCGGGAAAGGAGGGGACACCAUCAAACAGCUGCAGGAGAGAACAGGAGUGAAGAUGAUCAUGAUCCAAGAUGGCCCCAUGCCAACAGGAGUGGACAAGCCCCUGAGAAUCACUGGCGACCCUUACAAAGUGCAGCAAGCCCGUGAGCUGGUGGUGGAGAUAAUUCGGGACAAAGACCAGGGAGACUUCCGCACUGGCAGAGGGGACUUUGGCUCCAGAAUGGGGGGAAGCAGCAUGGAUCCUGUUCUGGCUGCCCCCUCUCAGGUUGCGGUCCCACGGUUUGCCGUGGGUAUAGUCAUUGGCAGGAACGGCGAGAUGAUCAAGAAGAUCCAGAACGACGCCGGCGUGAGGAUCCAGUUCAAGCCAGAUGAUGGCAUCAGCCCCGACCGAAUUGCCCAGGUGAUGGGCCAGCCGGACAGAUGCCAGCACGCAGUCCACCUCAUCAACGAGCUGGUCCACACUGCACAGCGAUCCCCUUUCCCGCCCCAAACCGGCUGGUCCCUGGAUGGGUCCAGCCUGACCCCAGAGCGACCCGUCCUGGACCCACUGGGCCUUUGGCCUGGUUUGGGGGACCUCAGUCAGUUGUAUGGACAGGAGCGUGACGGAUUCGGCGGUGCAGCCCGGGGCCGUGGAAGAGGACGUGGGGACUGGAACGUUGGGGCGCCUGGAGGAAUUCAGGAAGUGACCUACACGAUACCCGCGGACAAGUGUGGCCUUGUGAUUGGUAAAGGUGGGGAGACCAUCAAGAACAUCAACCAGCAGUCAGGAGCCCAUGUGGAGCUGCAGAGAAACCCACCGCCCAACACCGACCCAAACAUGCGUAUCUUCUCCAUCCGCGGCACCCCCCAGCAGAUGGAAGUGGCUCGGCAGUUGAUCGAUGAGAAGAUUGGGGCUUCAGGGCUGGGAGGCAACAGCAGUUUUGGCCUCAACCCUUUCACCCAAGGCCCGGCCACCCCUCACCAGAAUGGACCGCAGACCUUCAUGACCGGGGGCUGGGGCACAACAUACCAGCCGUGGCAGCCCCAGGGACAGCAGGACCCCAGUCACAAUGGAUCCCAGACUGGACAGAUGGACUAUUCCAAAGCAUGGGAGCAGUAUUAUAAAAAGCUAGGUCAGCAGAGCCAAGCCCAGAGCACCGGCCCUGACUACAGCAAAGCAUGGGAGGAGUACUACAAGAAACAGACCCAGGCUGCAGUGUCAGGUUCUCAGCAGAGCUCCCCUCCUGAUUACAGUGCUGCCUGGGUGGAGUAUUACAGACAGCAGGGGGCCUACUACGGCCAGGGUGCACAGCAGACACAGGCUCCGGGCCUUCAGGAUCAUUAGAGUGGAAGCCCUUUAGUCGGAGACUUUUGAAUCACUGAGAGGAUGAAAACAAAAACCUUUUGUAACAGAGGUUUCUAGAUUUGCAACGCCUUGAAGACUUACUUUUUUUUCUUAGCGAGAAACACUAGCUGUAGAAUGACUUAUACAAUUUAAAAAAAAAAGAAUAUUUCUAAAUCAGGAACAUCAAAAAAAUUGUUACUAAAUACUUGUGUACACCAUUAUAUGAAUGGACAAAUUCCGGGAUCCCUUUUGGACCUCACAGCUGUUUUUUUUUUCUAUAUUUUCCUUUUUAAUUCAGAUUUAAAAAUAAACCCGCCAAAAUGAACCCCGGAAUUGUAACAUUUCAACAACGCAAUAUAAUCUAUUUUUUCUAGUUCUGUUGCAAUAAAAUCGUAAUUUUGGGCUUAGCAGUCUUGAAUGCAUUUUUGUUUUGUUUUUGUCAUAAAAUGUUUAAAGAAUGUGUAAAAAUGUUUUCUUUCUUUUCCUUUUACAUAAAGCAUUUUAAUUCAGUAAAAUGAAACUGUGAUGUUUUGUUACAGGAAAAUGUAUUCUUUUGUUACAAAAAACGAUGAGUGAUGUUGGCAAAUGGCAGUCGAUUCCUAAUUUAAUUCCUGUUGUGCUUUGUAUUCUGUUUUCCUUGUCAUUUUAUUGUACUCUGGUUUAAAAAGGUGCAAUAUCUUAUUUCAUUUUUGAAACAAAGAUGGAUUCUCUAAUAUUUUGACAAACGUUUAUCUUGUAGAUCUUAGAUAUAUUUUUUUUAGGCGUAUGGAAAUGUAAUGGAUAAUUUUUUUAUUACAAUGAUCUGAUAUUGGGAUACAUGGGGUUGUUGCAUAUUGUGAGUUUUUGCCUUUGCUAUCUUGUAAAACUAUGUAUGUAUGCUCGGAUACUUGACUAAAUACUUUAUUUAAAAUAUAUAUAUAUAAUUAAAUCAAAGACGUUUUUUUUUCUCUUCAUGGAGUCAUUAUCACAGGAAAACUCUCCCUGUUUUUCUGUUCUGUUUUCAUACUGAAAUUUUUCAAAGAUCGUGAAUGUGUAAUUUGAAAUUUGAUGUUGCAUCUUGCUAUGGACAAAAAUGAGAAAUGAUAGGUUUUUAUGUAUGUUUCUGUACGAUUCAAGACUGCUAAGCCCCCAGAUCCUACCUGUGUAAUAAUUAAUUGUAGUUUUUUAUAUUAUAAGUAUUAAGAUCAAAGUUGUCUUAUUUGGUACCACCCAGCUUCCCCUAAUGCCCCAACCAGUACACACUGUGGACUCGUGUACAGUCCAAUGCUAAUAACCUUUUAAUUAUAAUUUUUUCUUUCAAUUAUGUGUGAUCUCUAAUAUAUGUAUGAUUGAUUAGUUACAAAAAUUUGAAAAUCUAGUAUUAACUUCAUUGCUUAAUGAAAAGGGAUAUUAUAAUUUCAAAAAAUGUUUAAUUUUAGUGUUUUUUCCUCAUGUGUACAGGUAACAGUGUAUUAAAAACAUCAAAAGAC